UAGAAUAGUAGUGGUUGUUGCAUUAAUGGAAAUUCCAAAUCGGAUGAUAUCUGCACCAUUUGGUUAAUGUUAAACUAGUAACUGCAAAUUCAGAGCUCGAGUGCAUAUAUCUGGAUGAGACUUUAAAUCAAAUUAUUCUAUAUAAUAAAAAAAUUAUCAUAUUUCAGAUUUCUGAAUCUCUUCAACCUCAUAGACCAAUUCAACGUAUAAUUUCCUUAGGAGCUUCAAAUGUUGUAGAUUCUCAUAACUUUGGAGAUUCAUAAACCUGUCGAAAGACAGACUCAUGACUAGAAUAAUUCCACACUAAGAAUUCAAAUGAAUUACUAUUUUCAAAUGAAGUGAAGUCUGUCAGCAAACAACUUUAAAUAUUGCGCAUCAAGGAAUGCUGAAUACCCUUAUUUACCCAAAAGCUGGAUGGUCAGUCAUGCACACGGGAAAACGAUCUGUAUGGGAUAUUGACGUAUCAUCAUUUAAAAAUUCCACUGAAAAGUUAACACAAAACCUCACUUUACAGAUCAACACAUCAAAAUGAACUAUAAUUUUCUAUCGAAAUAAAAUUGUUUUCGAUUGUCUAGAAUCUAGCGGGAAGGAAAUACGCUUUACAGUUAUCAACUAUAAAAUGAUUGAAAUAUUCCAACUCAGAUCCAUAAUGGCGAAUUGGUAAUUAUUGGUUUGGGCUCCACACUGGAAGAAGACCAGUCGGUAUCAAUCUUUCAUUUCCUGUUACAUUUAAAUAUAUAACUCAAUACCUCAAAUGUUCAACAACAUUCACCAAAGUUGCGACUGCUGUUCGUCAAACUAACGUGCUCCAAAAAUGAGGUCUUCAAACUUAUAUCUAAACGUUCUAUUUGUCGUCAGUAUCAUCGCACGUGGGUCCUUGGCUUGUAAAGAUGGAUACUCCAUCAAGGUGAAUAGCGUCGAAAACUGUGCAGGUCCGGACGGUAUUAUAACGCUUUCGGAUAAUGCCGGCCUCACCAUGCAGGACGAUUGCUCCCUCGUUAUGGAGGGAUGCGUACAGGUGAAGGCAUUCGAAACGGCGUCCGGUACGGUCAAGGUAUCGAAGAAUGGUAUGAAACUGUUCCAGAAAUCGAUCGACCUAUGCAAAAUGGGAUCUAAGUUGCCGUACAUUAGUGAAUUUCUACCCGAUGGCGUAUGUCCUCAGAGUGAGAACGAAAUCUGUGCCGAUCCGGACCGAAAGAUUCCGAUGGAUCGCUUUAAAAAGAUGAUUGGCAUUAUGAAAGGCUCCAUGGUGGUUGAACUUAACCUUGAUCAUGAUACGGGUAAAAGUUGCAUCAAAAUGAAUUUGAGUAGCUGCAUUCAAACAAUGCACGCGGGAUGUUUAAUGCGUUGGAUUAUAAAUAUAAAUCCGGUGCACUGCUCAUAUGAGUUACUAGUGUACUUGGGACUACCUAUCAAACCUUCUACGAUGCGCUAUUCCCGGGGUGUAAUUGUGAUUUUGGGAAUUUUUCUUUUGUGUCACUCAAAACGCGCCAAAGGAUGUAAUGGUGGCUACGAAUUGAUUAUACACAGCAUCGAUAACUGUGCCGGCGAGGGACAAGUCGUCACGAUCGACCCGAAGUCAACCGUCACACUGACGGAGGACUGUAAAGUGAAGUCUAAGGCAACGGCACGCACCACAGGAUUCAAGAAGGCAGAGAUGCAAGUAACCAUUACCAAGAACGGACUGCCGGUCAUGAAGGAAACGGUAGACAUUUGUGCGAAUCUGGAUGAGGCGGCCAAUGACAAGCAGGCGGCAGAAAUCAUCACCAUGUUUGGCGUUCCCGAUCAUUGUCCAGUGGCUGCGAGUGAAAUUCGUACCGAUGAAAGUCAAACGUACAGCUUGGAGAAAUAUAAAGAUCAUCUACUGGUGGCUCAAGGUCGAUCGAUUAUUGAUGUGCUCGUAAAACAUGAUGUGGGUGAAAGCUGCUUCAAGAUUGACUUGGAAGUAACUGCACCAAAGCUUCUAGGCUAACAAGCAAACGGUUGAGUCAAGACACAGUUCUUACUGUUUUUUU